CCCCGGGUUUAAUUUCUCUUUGCUCCAACUCUUCCCUGCUCUAAACUCUUCUCUCCCGCCACGCUCUGUCCACUUUUGAUUUCUUUUGGGGUUUUUCCUCCCCAAACCAAUUCCAGCGCCGGGACGAAGCCGUUUCAGAGCCUCGUUUGUGAUUAAUUGUAAUUAAUUGCGAUUAAUUAAUCCCAGGGACGAGGGAUUUUGAUGGGAACGUGGCUCUGAGUCCCCUCCUGUCCCAGGAACAGCCUGAAGGGAAACCAGCCCGGUUUGGCUCAUUUUGGGCGGCUUUCGGGGCGGUUUGGAGCGUUUCCAACAUGGGGUGGGUUGGGACAACGUGGAUGCACUUUUUUUUCCCUGGAAUUCACCCCAGUUUUCCUGGAUUUCACCCCAAUUUUCCUGGAUUUCACCCAAAUCAGUGAUUUAAAGACGGAGCUGUUUGUGCCCCACCUCAGCCCGGGAAUUGCGAAACUGCAGGAUUUCGAAAUCACCAGAAUCAGCCAAAAUCCCGGUUUUUUCCCCCAGUUUUGUAGCUUUUCUCCCCCAGUUUUUCCCCUUCCACAAGCCAGGGCUGGAUUUCGGGGUGUUCCAGGUUUAAUUCGGGACUUUGUUCACUCGUUUCUCCCCCCACUCAUCCCCUCUGCUCCAGUCCUGGAAAAACUCCUUUAAUUUGACAGAUUUUGGGGUGUUUUUACCAUGAAAAGGUGAUUUUCCUUUUCUCACCCCUCUCCUCCUUCCCCUCUUCCCUCCCUCCCGCACCACUCAGACCUCACUCAAAAUCAUCCCCAAAAUUAUCGUUAUUAUCCCUGAAAUUACCCCAAAAAUUAUCCCAAACAUCACUUUAUCCCUGAAAUGUUUUUUUUUUCCCCCGAUCUAAUCUGCAAAAAAAAACCAACCCAAAUUCCUUCAUUAAUUUUUAAUCACCAAUAAAUAAUUUGGGAUCCCUUUCCGCAGGACUGGAGCCUCCUUCACUUCUCCCCUAAUUAAUCCCUCCCCCAAUUAAUGAUUUACUCCCGAUUCCAGGAAUUUGAGUCAUCCAGAGCAGCCAUGGCUCAGCGCCCACUCCCCUCCUUCCCCCUCUCCUUUUGGGGAGUUGAUUCCGGAAUCAAUCAAGGAUGGAAUCGUUAAUUAACCCCAGCAGGAGCUCCCUCCCCGGUUCCUCGUUAGCCCGGGAUUUCCGGGCAGUGGAUUAUCGCCGCCCACGCCAGCGGUCAGCGUCCGAGCGCCCGGCGCGGCCGGAGCCGGGAACGGAGCCGUGGGAUGAGCGCCAGGAACAGCCGGCCUGGGAUUAGGAGGAGGAGGAGGAGGAGGGAGGGAGGGAGGAAGGUUUGACCAGGGGGUGACCUUGGGGGGAAAAAGGCAAAUUCCCAGCGAAGAGGGGAAAAAAACACAUGUGGGAUAUGGAAGUAAGGAGGAAAAAUAAAAGGAAUUCACCUGGGAGAGAGGAACUCACCUGAGAGUGAGGAAUUCACCUGGGAAUGAGGAAUUCACCUGGGAGAGAGGAACUCACCUGAGAGUGAGGAACUCACCUGGGAAUGAGGAAUUCACCUGCUGGGCGAGCAGUACUACCGGGACGCCAUGGAGCAGUGCCACAGCUACAACGCGCGGCUCUGCGCCGAGCGCAGCGUCCGCCUGCCCUUCCUGGACUCCCAGACCGGCGUGGCCCAGAGCAACUGCUACAUCUGGAUGGAGAAACGGCACCGCGGGCCCGGUUUGGCGGCCGGGCAGCUCUACUCGUACCCGGCGCGGCGCUGGCGCAAGAAACGCCGCGCUCACCCCCCGGAGGAUCCCCGGCUCUCCUUCCCUUCCAUCAAACCCGACGCGGAGCAGGCUCUGAAGAAGGAGGGGCUGCUGUCGCAGGACGGGAGCAGCCUGGAGGCGCUGCUGAGGACGGAUCCUCUGGAAAAGCGUUCCCUGCCGGAUCCCAGGAUGGACGACGACAGCCUGGGGGAGUUCCCGGUCACCAACAGCCGCGCACGGAAGCGGAUCCUGGAGCCGGACGAUUUCCUGGACGAUUUGGACGAUGAGGAUUACGAGGAGGACACGCCCAAGCGCCGAGGGAAGGGCAAGGCCAAGGGAAAAGGCGUGGGAGGCGCUCGGAAGAAGCUGGACGCCGCCAUCCUGGAGGACCGGGACAAACCCUACGCGUGUGACAUCUGCGGGAAGCGCUACAAGAACCGCCCGGGGCUGAGUUACCACUACGCCCAUUCCCACCUGGCCGAGGAGGAGGGCGACGACAAGGACGACUCCCAGCCCCCCACUCCCGUCUCCCAGCGCUCCGAGGAGCAGAAAUGUGAGGGAAAAAAAUCCGGGAAAACCUCGGGAAUUGGGCUGUGGAAGGGGUGGGAUCCCAGCCCUGAUCCCAGCUCGGCUUUUCCAGCCAAGAAAGGUCCCGAUGGAUUGGCGCUUCCCAACAAUUACUGCGAUUUCUGCCUGGGCGACUCCAAGAUCAACAAGAAGACGGGACAGCCCGAGGAGCUCGUGUCCUGCUCCGACUGCGGCCGCUCCGGCCACCCGUCGUGCCUGCAGUUCACGCCGGUGAUGAUGGCGGCGGUGAAGACGUACCGCUGGCAGUGCAUCGAGUGCAAGUGCUGCAACAUCUGCGGCACCUCCGAGAACGACGAUCAGCUGCUGUUCUGUGACGAUUGUGACCGUGGGUACCACAUGUACUGCCUGACCCCGCCCAUGGCCGAGCCCCCCGAGGGGAGCUGGAGCUGCCACCUCUGCCUGGACCUGCUCAAGGAGAAGGCGUCGAUUUACCAGAACCAGAACAGCUCCUGAUCCUGCUCUUCCUCCUCCUCCUCCUCCUCCUCCUCAUCCUCACCCCCUCGGCUUUGGGGCUUUUCCCCCUUUUUUUUGGGUCAUUUUCCCUCCUUUUUUCUUUUUUUUUUCCCUUUUUUUUCCCCUAUUUUUUCCCUUUUCUUCCCUUUUUAUUUUCCUUUUUUUCCCCUUUUUUUCCCUUUUAUUUUCCUCUUUUUUCCCUUUUUUUCCCCUUUUUUUUCCCUUUUAUUUUCCUUUUUUUCCAUUUUUUUCCCCUUUUAUUUCCCCUUUUUCCCCCUUUUUUCCGCUUUUUUUUGUUUUUUUCCUUUGAUUUCCCUUUUUAUUUUCAUUUUUCUCAGUUUGAUCCCCUCAUUCCCAUUUUUUCCCUUUUUCCCUUCUUUUUCCACCUUUUUCAUCCUUUUAUUUUUUUUUUUAAUCUUUUCCAUUCCUUUUUUUCCACCUCAUUUUUUUUUUCCCUUUUCCCAAUUUUUUCCCAAUUUUUUUUUCCCCUCCUGACAUUUUUUAGGGUGCCCCCUCCCAGGGUGACAUUUUUGGGGUGACUUUCAUCCCUUCCCCUUUCCCCAAUUCCCAGGAUUUCACCCCAAAUCUCACCCCCCUCCCCCUCCCAAACUUUCCCUUUUCCCCCUUUUUUUUUUUGGGAAUUCUGGGGCAAUUUUGGGGCUUUUUCUUCCUCAUUUUUCGAUGUUUUUUUUCCCACUUUGAUUUUUUUUUCCCUUUUUUCCCCCCAUUUUUACCCCCCCAACCCCC